UCGGUAUUUCCGUUUCCGUGUAAACAAAACAACAUGGCAGCCACAUCGGUACUGGCUUGGAGAUUUCGAGUUUGACUUUUAUAGCUUAGCAUUUCUAAACUCGACAGUAUGAACGACUCAAAUUGUCAGUGUGCUGCGCUACAGUUCUAUUGCACAGCAGGGAACGGCAUGGAGCCUUUCCUGAUUCAGGAGGUGAAGACCAAACUUGCAGCCAAAGAUGUGGAUCACAUCCCUGGAAAAGUGUUCUUCACCACCUCUGUUGAAAUAAAGCAAGUGAGGGCGCUGAAAUCUGCAGAGAGGCUGUUUCUACUUCUAAAGCGACACUCCCCCCUCUCGGCCCAUACAGCUAAAACACCAUCUGGUAUCCAGUCAAGGCUCAUGGGUGAUGGAAGUGACUGGACCAGAGCUGUGUUGUCAUGGAGAUGCCUGCAGAGAGACCUGAUGAUGAGAAGCGACUGUACCUUGAGCGUGGCCCUACCAGGGAGGAAGAGGAAGAGGGAGGAAGAGGAGGAGAAAGAGAGUGGUGUUGAGGGGUCAACUUGUAACGAACCAAAUGGAACACAGAAGCUGGGACUAGAGGGAGAGAGACGAGAAUUAGGACUACACAAGGAUCACAUUUCAUCAACAGAAGACUCUGGAAGUGUAAACUGUGUUGCAGGGGACAAAGUUGAAGAGGAGUGUAUAGAAGGCAGCCGUGACAGAAAUACAUCCACAGUGUCUUUCAGAGUGAGCUGUCGGUGCAGUGGAGCCCUGUCCAGACGUUUCUCUCCCCAGGAUCUGAGUAGGAUCAUUGGAACAGCGGCGAGCAGACAACUGGGGUGGAGAGUGGACCUGAGGAAACCAGAUCUGGAGGUGAAUGUGUAUAUGAGUGAUGACCACUGUGUCCUCGGGAUACCUCUCCUCAGGCUUCCUUUAGCCAACCGGAGUUAUAUGAAGACUACUGGGCUGAGAUCCACUAUAGCCUGGGCCAUGGCCUCUCUGUCAGACAUCAAGCCUGGCUCUUGUGUGAUCGACCCGAUGUGUGGAGUGGGAACUAUUCUACUGGAAGCUGCACAUGAAUAUCAGGAUGCCUUUUUCCUGGGUCUGGACAUUGAUGAGUCUCAGUUGGUGAAAGCUGAUCAGAAUGUGGAGUUUGCAAAGUUUGGGGAUAGGGUGCAGCUGCUGCAGGCAUCAUCCAAGGAGAUUCCACUGCCUUCCUGUAGUGUGGAUGUCGUUGUCUGUGACGUCCCUUUUGGGAAGAAGUUUGGCACCAAGACUGACAUGGCUGCCUCUCUUCCAGUGAUUGUGAGAGAGAUGGAAAGAGUUCUCCGUGUGGGUGGGACCCUGGUUUUGCUGCUUAGUCCCCAGCUCUCCUGCCUGCUGAAGAAAAGCAUGACCCCCAGACCAGUAACCUCACACACCCAGGGAGAGGGGACUGGGGUGGGAUUAGGAGGUGAUGUGGACCCCUCCCAUACCCCAAGCCUUUUCCCCUCACUGCAGCCCCUAAGCUACCACAGAGUGAGCCUGGGAGCUAUAGACGCUCUUAUUCACAAGUAUGUCAAGAUAGUGACUGCUACUACCACACUCAGUGGACCUGACUGUAUACACACACUCAACCCCUGCAUAGUGGAGCCUGACUGUAUACACACACUCAACCCCUGCAUAGUGGAGCCUGAGUGAGACUUUUUAGGAGCUGGAUACACUGGAUUCAAGAAACAUUCACACACACUUCAAAGACAAUACCACCUGUGAAACACAGAAAACCACUGUAUCAAUUUGGCAUGGUUAGAAUUUUACCAACGUGUACUGUACUACCACAAAAUGAAGAAAAAUGCAUAAAUGUCAUAGAAUAUCAAACCCAAUUUUGUUACUACUUUUAUUCUAUAAUUCCAAUGACUUUGUUAAUGGUGGAAGGAAAUAAUGCAUAGUUCUUGAGUUCCUCAGUUUCACUUCACAGGAGUCUGAAAUUCUGCAGCUCUAUUUACCCAAUCAGACCACAACUCACACCCAACAAUUAUACACUGUCUGGGAUUAGAUUACAGAAUACAUCCACUGAGACUAAGGUAAAUACACUCAGUUUAGGUUCCACUGGGAGGAUCAGGGGUUGAUAUCCAUUGAUGGGGGGGAUGUUGACUUGGAUUUAGGUGCGUAUGCACAGGGGUUUGGUAUGUGUCAUUGAUAAGAGGAUUAAUGAAUAUCCACAGAUGGAUGUGCUUACAAUUUUGGUUAGAAAUCUGCUAUUCUAAGUAUAUUCUGCUUGAUCCAUUAUGGUCAGAGUACAUAUCAAUGUCAGUUUGAGCCACAUCUUUCUAUAAAUUCUAUCCUCUUUUCUAUAGUUUUUUUCCUUUCAAAUAAAUUUCUAUCAUUUGAUGACA